AUGUCGACAGCAGGAUCCCAGGACUACUACGGGUUGCUUGGGCUACCGCAAGUUGCAACCAUUGAAGAGAUCAAGAAGGCGUACAAGAAACUCUCGCUCAAAUACCAUCCUGACAAGACGCCUAACAAAGAGCACCACGAGCUUUUCAUCAAGUUAAACGAAGCGUACGAUACUUUGAAAGAUCCAGAAACGAAACAGAAGUAUGACCAAAAAAUCGGCUUGUCUCUGUCGUCUUCUUCCUCGUCAUAUACAACCAACCAUAGCUAUAAUCCCUAUUCCAGAAGUACUAAUUACAACGCGACUGGCCAUGCCGGCACCUAUUUCAGUUUCUACCAACAUUUCUACGGCCGUAAAGAUGACAGCGUGCGAAGAGCCGAAGAAGAAAAAGCCAGAAUUUACAAAGAACAGCUAGAGAAAUUGCAUGCUGAACAAGAAAAGAGAAGACAGCAGGAAUUACUACGCAAACAAGAAGAAGAGCGUCUUAGAGCUGCAGCAGAGGCAGAGAGGCAACGAGUAGCAGCUCAGGAAGCUACUAGAGCGGCCCGUGACCGUCUUUUGAAGAAACUAAAUAUCAAGGCAGAAGAAGAAGAACGUCGUAGAGUUCAGAAGCAACAAGAAGAAGACUAUUUUGAAGAAGAAUACAAGCAAGCCAAAAAGAAUGCUAGCCAACAAUAUCAGCAACAAUCUCCGUAUGUCGUGGAAGAUUUCUUUGACCGUCAAUACUAUUCCAAUACGCCUCAUCUGUCGCCUGAAGGGAAGUCUUAUUACUCGAGUGAAAGUUCAGGACACGGGCACAAUUCCAGCGAUCCCAUAGUUUUGGACGACGAAGAGGGCCAGGACAGUGAUGAAGAUCUCGCCGGAGAAGAAAAGAAAGCUGAAAUCACCCCUGAGCCUGCUGAAGUGGACCUGAAUGAGAUUAACCCCAUAAGUGAUGAAGAGGAACGAGCCAGUUCGUCAGACGAAUCAGAUACACUAGCCCAAAAUUUCCAAGCAUACGAACACCUUGGCCAGACAUUUGGAUCCAGACCAAGAGCUAGACCAAGAGUGAAUAUGAGAUCUCUAUCGCCUAGAAGAAAUAUCAAUCAAGCAACGAGCAAUGCGAGAGACACACCACUACCGCGGAACUCUUCUAAAAAACCUAGAACUUCAGCUUUCACUUUUGAUGAUAUCCUGGAUAGCUUGGGACAAAACAUAGAAACAAUUGACUACACAGACUUAUUCAACAGCUUGCCACGUGAUGUAAAAGGACGAAGAAAGAUGAGCGAGAAUAUGACCACCAUGCGCCCAAAACGUGCUAAGUUUGCCGAGUAUUCAAAUGGCACAUCCAGGGCGGAGACAUUAUCUACCCCGUUGAACAAGAAUUCAGUUCGUGGUCAUGAAGCCGCUCCCAGCUCGACUACGAAAUCUUCAAGAUUGUCAGAGUUGGACUUCCAUGCCUCUCCUACUAUCCAUAAUUGUACUCCUCCAGAACCUCCAAUUGCCGUAAUUAAUCCUAACAUAGAUGCCGAAGGAUGGCAGAAGUAUGUGGAAUCGAUUCAGAACUACCAACAAAAGUUUAUGAAAUACAAUCAGCUUAUUAUUCAAUAUCAAACAGAGAGAUCUGCGAAAGACCAGCAAUACUACGAAGUGGUUAAUGGAGACCCAGCUACAUUUGAAGUAUAUCACAAAUGCUUGCAGAGAGAUUUAGAAGUAAGUCAGGAGUUUACAGAGCUGUUGCGAAUUUUUGCUGACAUCAUGAGGGUGUACAAACAGAACUGCGACUGGAUGUCUACGAGACAUGGAAAUAACGGAAUAUAA